AUGUCUUGCGUUGCCAAGGGUAUGAAUCAGGAUUUGAAAAAAGCUGCCUCUAACGGUCACGGGAAAAUGGUAAUUUCCAAAGAACAUCAGGCAAAGAUCACUGAGGUUAGAAGGUUGAUAGGGCCAUCGUCAGCCAAGGAAUCACUGUACUGUUCUGAUGCAUCCAUCACAAGGUAUUUAAGCUCACGAAAUUGGAAUGUCAACAAGGCAGCCCAAAUGUUGAAGCAAAGCCUAAAAUGGAGGAAAGAAUACAAACCUGAAGAGAUUCGCUGGGACGAGGUUGCUGAUGAAGCAAGGACAGGGUUGAUGUAUAAACCAAAUUAUCAUGACAAAUAUGGGCGAUCAGUGCUUGUAAUGAGACCUUGUCUCCAGAACUCAAAGUCAACACAAGGACAGAUUAAGCAUUUUGUGUACUGCAUGGAAAGCGCCAUUUUAAAUCUUGCACCAAAUCAGGAACAGGUGGUCUGGCUGGUAGAUUUCCAGGGUUUCAAGUUGUCAAAUAUAUCGUUCAAGGUGGCUCGUGAAACUGCCCACGUGGUGCAAGAGUAUUAUCCAAAGCGACUGGGUUUGGCCAUAUUGUACAAUGCACCUAUGAUCUUCCAACCAUUUUUCUCGAUGGUGAAACCCUUUUUAGAGAUUGAGACUUAUAACAAAAUAAAGUUUGGCUAUUCGAACGACCACAGUACAAAGAAGAUUAUGGAGGAUUUGUUUGAUAAGGAUAUUCUUGAAUCUGCAUUUGGUGGGAAUGGAGAAACAGGAAUUGACAUCAACAAAUAUGCGGAGAGAAUGAAAGAGGAUGACAAUAAGAAAUUUUCAUUUUGGACACAGGCCAAGUCUAUAUCAUCAGUUGCACACAAUGCUCCAUUAGAUUCACUCAGGUUAGAUGCACAUUCUGAUGCAUCUAACAACGGGAAAAUUCUUGUUCCUAACUGA